CCCUGCCUUUGAUUGCUUCCAGUUACUGCAGAGCUUCCUGCCCUGGUGGAGAGUGGGUCUCUCUUGGGUCGCGCUCGCGCCCCUGGCCGGAGGAGUGAGACUGAGUUCACACGAUCCUGGGCUCCCGAAGCCAGAAGGGGUUGGGGGAACAGACUCUGCGACUCCCCACGCCCGAGUGAGGGGCCGGGUAUUGGGUCUUGGGCUUUGCGCCUUCCCGGGGACCCCUCUCCAGGAGAUGGCCGCACUGAUGCGGGGCAAGGAUUCGUCCUACUGCCUGCUCCUACUGGCCGCGGUGCUGAUGGUGGAGAGCUCACAGCUCGGCAGCUCGCGGACUAAACUCAACUCCAUCAAGUCCUCUCUGGGCGGGGAGACGCCUGCCCAGGCUGCCAAUCGAUCUGCGGGCAUAUACCAAGGACUGGCUUUCGGCGGCAGUAAGAAGGGCAAAAACCUGGGGCAGGCCUACCCUUGCAGCAGUGACAAGGAAUGUGAAGUUGGGAGGUAUUGCCACAGUCCCCACCAAGGAUCGUCAGCCUGCAUGGUGUGUCGAAGGAAAAAGAAGCGCUGCCAUAGAGAUGGCAUGUGUUGCCCUGGAACCCGUUGCAAUAAUGGCAUCUGCAUCCCAGUCACUGAAAGCAUUUUGACUCCUCACAUCCCAGCUCUGGACGGCACUCGGCACAGAGAUCGAAACCACGGUCAUUACUCAGACCACGACUUGGGAUGGCAGAAUCUAGGAAGGCCACACUCCAAGAUGUCGCACAUAAAAGGGCAUGAAGGAGACCCCUGCCUGCGAUCAUCAGACUGCAUUGAAGGGUUUUGCUGUGCUCGUCAUUUCUGGACCAAAAUCUGCAAACCAGUGCUCCAUCAGGGGGAGGUCUGUACCAAGCAGCGCAAGAAGGGCUCUCAUGGGCUGGAAAUUUUCCAGCGGUGUGACUGCGCAAAGGGCCUGUCUUGUAAAGUAUGGAAGGAUGCCACCUACUCUUCCAAAGCCAGACUUCAUGUGUGUCAGAAAAUCUGAUCACUGAUGGGGAAAAGCAUGACUAGCAGACUGUGAAUUUGUGUAUUUAAUGCAUUAUAGCAUGGUGGAAAAUGAGGGUUGGAACCCACAAAAAGGGCUAAAAUGAGGAGUGUGGUAAGAAUACAGAUCACAGAAAGAGAGAGAAAAAGAGAACUGAGCGGUUUACAAUGGGUGACAAAUGCUG